AUGCUACCGACAAAUGGUUCAUCCUUAAAUAGAGCCCCUUAUCAAUAUUGGAUGGCUGGAGAAGAUUCAGAGCAGCGCCAUUAUCAUCAAACCCAACCACAAAUGCACGUGCAAAACCCUCAACAGCGAAAUCUCCGGCAGCAGCAAUUCGAGCAGAACCGACAACACGUGCAAGCGUAUCAAAAUCAACCACCACCACCGCCUCCUUAUUUUCAUAACUACCCCUACAAUCAAAAUCAAGUCCCAUAUUACAUGAUCAACGAUAACAGAAGCCCUGCGCCACAACACCCGGGGCAUCUCCAAAAUCAGAGCCCAUCAGAAUAUCGGCCAUUUACUCCAGGGCCACCAAAUAUGGACCAUUCCACUCGGACAAAUUCUGAACAGCUAGCAGGAAAUUUACCGUCACAAGCUAUUGCUGGAAAUUUGGCCCAGGUGGUGAUCAGAUCCCCAACCGCACCUCGGCGGGGACGUCCACCCAAGAAUCUUUCCGACCCUUCAUAUCAAAAACCUCAAAAGUCGACUAUACCAAAACGACGAGGCAGACCACCUAAAGAUCACACGGCAUUAAUCGGCAGCAAUGACUCGGACUCAUUCACGGCAAAAGACCAAAAGCUCAAAUCCCUCAAAAAUCAAAAUCCCCAAUCAGAUGACAAUCCACCAAAGAAACGAGGUCGCCCACCAAAGCAACCUUCCCCUGAAGUAGAUCUUGAACCCCCGAAUCCAAACUUCCUUGUUUAUGACUGUGAGUGGGAUAAUUGUCCUGCUGAAUUACACAACUUGGCUACGUUGAAGAUGCACCUCUUUAAAGUUCACGGUAAGAGGGAGAACGACAAGUUUCGAUGCUUAUGGAAGGGGUGCACCACUGCUGCAGGAAAUACUGAAAGUGGACAUUCUUUGGCAUCAGAACCGGCAAUUAGGAAACCACGAGAGUUUGAAAACGAAGACAAGUGGAAAAGGCAUGUUGAGAAAAAGCACAUAAUCCGCUAUGCUUGGCACAUGGGUGACGGGCCUACGAAUUCAUUAGAUGGCCUCCAGGGAUCAGAAUCUCCAACAGUCCCGUCAUAUCUGUUUGAUAAAAAUGGCAAGCAAGUCACUCCAUCAGUUGAUGACCAACAGAUUGAGGAUGGAGAUCCCAAGCAGAAUAGCAAAAAGAGGUUCAAGCGAGUUAUAAGUGGUCUUGAUUUUGUCUUAAAGCCAAUUUAUACCUCAAAUUUUACGUCGCCAACUAAACCUGGAGAAGACGAGGUUCAUGAUGAGAAUAGCGAAGUUCAUAAUGAGAAAGAGGAUGAAAAGUUUGAAGAAGAUGGAGAUGAGACGGAUAAGGAGGACAUUAGACCAGACUUUUAG